AUGCUGUUCCGUCGAAGCUUCAUGAAAUGGUCCACUUCUCCCAAUAUAUCCCACAGCGCCACUGUUGUCAGGAAGUAUGAUCGUGACGGUUACCUUUGCACGCUACUGCUGCCCUCCUGUCGCCAAAACUUUGCAUACGCUCUGAGAGCUGUCAACAUAGAAUUAGCACAGAUACGUGAUAAAUCAAAGAGUAUGGAGCAUGCUCAGUUUCGUUUUCAAUACUGGAGGGAUGUUAUCCGGACUUUGUCCGACUCCAGCCAAGUAAAUGGCUCACCUAUCGAACAAGCCCGGUUUCGACAUUUUAACGAAUGUGGCUUUGAUUCACUCAGAAGUGUUCAAAAUUACGCGGAGGAAACAAAUGCAUCCAUUCACUACCUCCUCGCGGAGUCUUACAAUCUCACUUCCCUAGAGGUGGACCACGCAUUGAGUCAUCUUGGUCAUGCUCAGGGUUUGGUUAACCUUCUUCGCGGCUCGGUUUUCUUGGCCCGUAACCGAUGUGUUGUAUUACUCCCGUUGGAUGUGCUGGACAAGCACCGCGUCACACAGGAGGCUAUCCUUCGCGCCCUACGUUCAGACCACACCGACGCGGACGAAUUCACUUCAAACAUGUGUGAUAUCUACUACGAUCUGGCAUGUGCCGCUCGGGAACAAGCGAUAAAUGCCUCUCGUUUGGCGUCAGAUCAGCUACAGAAAGCUCGUGACAUCACCGGAGUGAACAAUUCCUCGAAUCUCCGCUUGCUUCAAUCGUUACUCCCCCGCUUGAUGCUUCCGUUGGUGUCCGUUUUUCACUUUCUCGACCAGUUGGAAAAUAUCGCUCAUUUUGACCCGCGGCGUGUCCCUACAGCUUCAGACGGACUUCUGCCGCUUCGCCUCACUUGGACAGCAUUUCGUAAUAAGAUCCCUUCACCAAAGCUGCGCACUCCUUGAUGUCAUCUGCACCUUCCUUUUUGUACUCUUGAUUGCAUAAGAAAAUAGGCGACCCAUUGUACAUUAAUGUUUCCCAAUGCUCCAUUGCGCCCCCUUGUGUAACGAUACUACAUUAUGUAUACUUAUAUAUAUAUAUAUACAUAUAUAUAAUAGUAGAUUGCAGUAAAACAAAUGAAAUUUAG